UUAACAGUCAAUCCUCAAAAAGAAUAUGAAUAAAUUCUUCAUUUCUUUCAAAUGACAGAACAUCUUCCAUAAAGAUUCAUCUGAAAUAAUGAAGACUCUUAAACCCAUAUGUUUUCUUGUUUUCUUCAGCUACAUUAAAUGUCAAAUUCUUCAGACAAGCUUACUACAUGCAGUACUGGAGUCUGGGAAGUCCAAUAUCAAGAUGUUGGCAGAUUCUGGAUCUGCCAUGCAGCAUCUUAGUACCCAAAAUUAUGUGGAAGAGAAUUUAAAAGACCUUACCAGCAUUAUGAUUGCUCAGUUUCUUCAGAAAGCAACUUAUGAAGAAAUACAAACUGUGGCUCAACAGUUACUAGAUCUUGUGGAAAAGUGCAAGAAUUUUAAAUCACAUGUGUCAGCCACAGAAUGUGCUCAUCAGUUGAUGACCAGCUUCCUAGAGCAUAUUUGUGACAACCAAGGAAUGCUUGCCAAACACCUGUUUACUAACUGUUGUAAUACAAAUAGCACAGCAAGGCUCAAGUGCUUCUUAUUCUAUAAAAAAGAUUAUGGAGAUCAUAAGGAUAGAUUCCAAAGUCUAAAGCCUGAGAUGAUCUGUGAAAUGGACAAAGAAAAUCAAGUGACCAUGAAGGAGAGGUACAGUUAUGAAAUUUCUAGAAGGCAUCCAUACUUAUAUGGACCCACUAUCCUGACCAUGUCUGCUUGCUACAAAACAGCUAUUCAGUCAUGUUGUCAAGAGGAAAAUAAGACCGAAUGCCUGCAGAUAAAGCUAGAACCCAUCAGAAAAUACAUUAGAGAAAUAUCUUUGAGACAUCAUCAUUUAUGUGAAAUUGGGGUUAAAUUCAACCACAAAGUAGCAAAAGCUGUGGAAUUGGUUCUGCUCACUAAAAAACAACCUAAAUCUAAUUUUUCUGAAGUUGCCAAACUGACCACUGAUGUUAAAAAUCUGCAUGAGACCUGCUGUGAAGGAAACACAGUUGCGUGUGCUCUUGGUAGGAGCCAGCUUAUGAACUACACCUGCUCUACAUGGGCUGCCCUAUCCAGCAAGAUCACUCAGUGCUGUGAACUUCCAGCGCCAUUCCGAGGGGAAUGCAUUAUCAACACAGGAAAUGGGGACAAACCUGACCUUUCAUCCCUGCCACUCAGCAGGUUUACAGAAGACCAAUUUGUAUGCCAACGAUUCACUGACAACCAAGAUGACUUUCUACAAGAGUUUCUCUAUGAAUAUUCAAGAAGACAUCCAGAGUUGGCAGUUCCAGUCAUUUUAAGAGUAGAAGCAAAAUAUAAAAAUUUACUGGAAAAAUGUUGUAAAUUAGAAAAACCUUUGGAAUGCUAUAGUCACGUGGAAGUGCUGUUCCAAAGAGUGGUACGAGAAAGCCGUGAUCAUGUGAAAAAUUACUGUGAUUUACAUGAAAAAUUGGGAGAUAGUAACUUCCAUGACAGGCUCAUGGUCCUUUACACCAAGAAAGCUCCACAACUAUCUGCUCAAGAAUUGGUUAUGUUCACAAAGAAGAUGGCAGCUGCAGCCUCCAGAUGCUGCCCACAAAGUGAUGAGCAACAGUUUUUCUGUAUUGAGGACUCAGCAAAGCUAAUUCUUGGAGCUCUGUGCAGAAGACAUGAGGUUGAGCCUAUCAAUGCUGGUGUGGGUCACUGCUGUGACAACUCAUAUGCCUUCAGGAAGCCAUGUUUUGAUGAUCUGCAAGUAGACAGAACUUACGUUUCUCCAUUUUUACCUUGUGACCAAGUCAUCAUCCUUAAAGGGGACUUGUGCAAAGCUCAGAAGGAACUCCAAAUUGAAAAGCAAAAGCUCCUCAUCAGCCUCGUGCAGCAGAAACCAUCUGCAACAGAGGCGCAGUUCCAGUCGGUACUUGUGGACUUCACGCACCUGGUGGAGAUGUGCUGCCAUGCAGAGGAAAGUGACAUGUGUUUUCAGAAAGAGGGAUCAGAAAUCCAAUAGUGAUUGCACUGAGUUUUCUGGCUCUGGGUCUUGCACGAGUUGCAGUCAAACUAGUAGAUGGGAUAAAGUUAUCUCAAGACUCGACAGAGGGUGGAAGAUCCAUUUUCAAGCUGGUCCAUUUAUGUAGCUAUUGAUGGGAGGCCUGGAUUUCUUGCUAGCUUUUGACAGAGGUGUAAGGCCUCAGUGUAAUGCCUCAUAAGGUAAGCCUUUUCCUAAGACUACUUAGACCAUGAGAGUUGUUCCCCUAGAGCAAGAGAGAGAGAGCAACAAGGAAGCCAUAGUGACUUUUUAUGAUCUAAUCUUCAAAGUCACACAUGCUUCCUUUUGCUUUCCCUUAUUAGAAGCCAGUCACUAAUUAUUUUUAAAGAGUAGAUUUUAAAUAUACUAAUCAUAAAGAAAUGAUAAGUAUGUGAAGUGUUGGAUAUAUUAAUUAACUUGAUUUAAUUAUCCCACAAUGUAUACAUAUGACAUCACAUUUAACCCUAUAAAUAUAGAAUAGCUAUUUUUCAAUUAAAAGUAAAAAAAAAAUCAGUAAGUCCAACUCAUUCACAGGUGAGGAGGAUUAGGCUGCAUCUUUUGAGAGGAAAAGUACCAAAGAUUUUAUGGAUGUAUCACAAGUUCAAGACCAGUCUGGGCAACUAAGUGAGACCCUAACCCCAAAUAAAAAUGAAACAAAUUGAAUAUUAAAAAAAAAAAUCAGAAAGGGCUAGGGA